UGUCCUAUGUGGCCAGACACUCAGUGCGAUUUUUUCAAAUGGGUAAAUGAGCACACUGAUGUUGAAGAGUACCAGUUCAAGUUGUUGGAAAAGGAUACUAUCAUAUGCGAAUUAGAGGUUGAACAAAAUUUCAGAGAUGAAAAAAUAAAGAAAUUGCAGUUGAAGAAAGCUAAGUUGGAGGAAGAAUUGAAAGAAAUGAAGAAAGAAGUCAUUGAAAUGAGGAUUGAGUUAGAGAAAUUGAAUAGGACUGAAAAAACUUUGUAUUUGGCAAUGUUUGUUUCUUGGAUGUUGUUUGUUGUUGUUUUUUUUCUUAAUUAAUUUGACUCAUAACUAGGGGCUGUAAUGGAUGAGUUAUGGAUAUGCUAUGUUGAAUAAUGUAUGGAAUUUGGUGUUUUUGUUUACAAUUUGCACACCUGUUUUGACAGUACUUGUAUAAUCCUUGAUGAUAGCAAAUUUUGCAAAAAAUGACAUAAAAAAUAGGCAUGAAAUUGGCAUAAAAAAUGACAUAAAAAUUAGGCAUGAAAAUGACAUAAAAAAUGACAUUAAAAAUAGGCCUUGAUGACAUAAAAGAUGACAUAAACUGAUCAUAGUAGUUUGCAAAUACAUCAAAAGAGGCCCAACAUUGUUUAACAUCACUUGUUCAAAGUGCACAACCACAUCAAAAUACACAACAUGUUUGUUUAACAGAAACAAAUGAAAAUAGUACUAGUUCCAUGGACUAAAACAUAAGUACACAAAAGUUUCAUGAUUCAGGCAUAAACCACUGAAAAGAGUUCAGCUCCAUCAAGGAUUCAGGUUGCACAAAGACUGAUGCAUCAUAGCUCAGAUAUAGAUAUCUGCCUUGCCCUUGUUGCUGGAACCUGAGACAUAAAAAAAUUGGUAAGAAAUUGACAGAAAGGCAUAAAAUUAGCAAAAAAAAUAUAAAAUAAAUAAAUACACAAAACAUUCAUAAAGCUGCAUCAGCUUACCAUUGGGUUUCCAUCAUCACCAAACAAGACACCAAUUCCAAUUGUUGACUUUGCUCUCCCUUUACCCCUAGCCCUUCCUCUCCCUUGUCCAGGAACUGGUGCCUCACCAGUUUCAGAGCCUCUCUCUGCAACUCCCCUUCCUCUUCCCCUCCCUCUUCCAUGAGCUGCAGAUUGGGAUCUAGUAAUGGUCUGAGACACACCUCUAGACCCCUCACC